UGCGUAAUUUGCGUAAAAGCUGUGAUUGGAUGUCUCCAAAUAUCUGAGGAUCCACACCUGCUGACAGACUCGCCUUAAAGGCCUGAAAAACACCCCACCACAGCCUCUCCAUCUCCAUCUCCAUCUCCAUCUCCAUCUCCAUCCUCAUCUGGGAAGCAGGAGCCAAGGUGCCAAGAUGAUGGAGCUGCAGAUAGAUGAGGUGGUGUACCAGGACGACUACGGCUCCGGAUCCGUGAUGUCGGAGAGGGUGUCGGGCCUGGCCAACUCCAUCUACCGGGAGUUUGAGAGGCUCAUCCGCAGCUAUGAUGAGGAGGUGGUGAAGGAGCUGAUGCCACUGGUGGUGAACGUCCUGGAGAACCUGGACGGGGUGCUGACGGAGAACCAGGAGCAUGAGGUGGAGCUGGAGCUGCUGAAGGAGGACAACGAGCAGCUCAUCACCCAGUACGAGAGGGAGAAAGCGCUCCGUAAGCAGGCGGAGGAGAAAUUCAUUGAAUUCGAGGAUGCGUUGGAAGCUGAGAAGAAGGACCUGCAGGUGCAGGUGGAGUUUCUGGAGCUGCAGGGGAAACAGCAGGAGCUCAAAACAAAGAACUACUCUGACCAGAUCACUCGGUUGGAGGAGCGAGAAUCAGACAUGAAGAAAGAGUACAACGCUCUGCACCAGCGCCACACUGAGAUGAUCCAGACGUAUGUCGAACACAUAGAGCGGUCCAAAAUGCAGCAGGCAGGGAGCAACAGCCAAUCAGAAGCCCCCGGCUGUGGACGAACCAAAGCGGAGCGGCCACCUUCAUUGAGCCUCUACCCGAGCGGCGAGGGCAUGGUACGUGGGGGUCUCGGGGGGGCUAGGAUGAUGCCCGGGAAAGACAUCUGGCAGGAGGACGGAUCAGAGUCCGACUCCGUGGCGGCCACACCCAGCAGCACAGGAAGCCAGUCCAACACACCCACCUCCUCCGUCCCCUCCGACACUGUCACCCCCAUCAACGAGGGCUUCGUGCCGCAAUCCGAGUGUGACGCGAUGCGGGCCGGGAACCGCAGAAAAGGUGCCAAGCGGCUCAGCCGGAAUAUGGAGGUGCAGGUUUCCCAGGAAACCAGGAAUGUCAGCAUCGGAAUGGGAAGCAGCGAUGAGUGGUCAGAGUUUCAGGAGAUCAUCGAUUCAACGCCUGAGCUGGACAUGUGUGUGGACCCCCGUGUGUACGGAGGAGGAAACAGCCCCUCUCAGGGCAUAGUGAACGAGGCCUUCGGCAUCAACACCGACUCUCUCUACCACGAAAUCAAAGACGCCAAGUCGGACAUCAUCGGCGAUGUAGAUGCAGGCGCCGAGCUGCUAGGGGAGUUCUCAGGGAUGGGCAAGGAGGUGGAGAACCUGCUGACGGAGAACAAACAGCUCCUAGAGACCAAAAAUGCUCUCAACAUUGUGAAAAAUGACCUUAUUGCCAAAGUGGACGAGCUGUCGGGGGAGCACGAGGUGCUGAGGGAGGAGCUGGAGGCUUUGAGGCAGUCCAAGAACAAGGUGGAGGCCAGAGUCAAGGAGCUGGAAGAAGAACUCAAGAGGUUAAGAGCAGAGGCUCUCGGUGCAUCACGGGACUCCAAGGAUGAAGGAGGUGAUGAUUUUUCAUCGCCCAUGCAGGACGGCGACAUGACGAUGACGCAGCGGCGGCGGUUCACCCGGGUGGAGAUGGCCCGCGUGCUGAUGGAGAGGAAUCAGUACAAGGAGAGGCUGAUGGAGCUGCAGGAGGCCGUACGGUGGACAGAGAUGAUCAGGGCGUCCAGGGAGAGUCCUCAAAUCCAAGAGAAAAAGAAGUCCACCAUCUGGCAAUUCUUUGCACGUCUCUUCAGCACGUCGUCCAGCCCUCCGCCCGUCAAGCGGCCGUACUACAGCGUCAACAUCCACUACAAGUCGCCCUCACCGGCUGGUUUCUCUCAGCGACGCAGCCACGCCAUGUGUCAGAUCUCCACCUCCAACCGCACGCUGGAGUUCUUCCCCGAAGAUGACUCGGCACUGUUGGCCCGCCGAGAACAGCGACGUGAACAGUACCGGCAGGUCCGCGAGCACAUGCGCCGUGAUGAUGGCAUCAUGCAGGCCUGUGGCUGGAGUGUGCCAUCUCGCUUCAAACAGGCCGGGGUCUCUAACCCUGGUCUCCCACCGACUGUUGGACCGGCGGACAGCGCUCAGGACAGCCCGCUGAAGAGACCACAGACGAUUGUGGAGAAAGAGGACAACCGCAUGAAGAACGUCCCAGUCCCGGUGUACUGUCGUCCUCUGGUGGAGAAGGACCCCAACAGGAAGUUGUGGUGUGCAGCUGGGGUUGACCUGACAGGAUGGAGGGCCAGCAGUCAGGAGUUGGUACCAUCCAAAGCACCGUCGGGCGGCGGCGACCCUCUGCACGCUGACGAGAACGGAGUUGGGAAGAAGAGCAGCCACAGCUCCCCAGAGAAGAGGAAGUCAAAGGAGCUCCAGGAGAUAGACACCAUGAACAGUCGAGUGUGGAUCCUCACCAGCACACACUCAGCCAGCAAGGUGGUCAUCAUCGAUGCCAACCAGCCGGGCUCACUGGUCGACCAGUUCAACGUCUGCAACGCCCACGUGCUCUGCAUCUCCAGCGUUCCAGCUGCAAGCGAGAGCGACUACCCAGCAGGAGAGAUCGUGUUGGAUCCAGGUGACGGAGGAGUAGGAGGCGGAGGCGAGGACGCUGGCAGUGUGGAGGGCAUGUUGGCUGGUAUCACUCUUGUCGGCUGCGCCACCAACUGCAGUGUUGCCCGUAGCAACUGCUCCUCACGCACUGACACGCCGAUAAUGGACAAAGGACAAGCCCCAACUGCUCCACCCAUGAAUGGGAAGAUCCACCCCGCCCAGUCGGCUGAGGAAGCAAUGGAGGCCACGGAGGUUACCGAGUCAACGGCGAGCCACGCAGAGCUGAGAUCUGGACCUCCGGGACCAUUUACUGAGCACGUCUUCACCGACCCCCAGCCUCGACUAUCAGACGCCUCCGACAGAAGCGUGGGUCAGUCCAAAGAGGAAACUUCUCAGCCUCCAGAGUCAGAGGACGGAAGUGAAGAUUCCAAGACCUACACCAGUGUGGCCCCCACUAUGUGGCUCGGGGCCCAGAACGGCUGGCUUUACGUCCACUCAGCAGUCGGAAACUGGAAGAAGUGCCUCCACUCCAUCAAACUCAAAGACUCUGUGCUCAGUCUGGUACAUGUGAAAGGUCGUGUGCUGGUCGCCCUCGCUGACGGGACCCUCGCCAUAUUCCACAGAUCAGAGGAUGGCCAGUGGGAUUUGUCUAACUACCACCUCAUGGACCUCGGUCGGCCUCAUCACUCAAUCCGCUGCAUGGCUGUGGUUCAUGAUAAGGUUUGGUGCGGCUACAAGAACAAGAUCCACGUAAUCCAGCCCAAGAGCAUGCAGAUCGAGAAGUCCUUCGACGCCCAUCCUCGCAGGGAGAGUCAGGUGCGGCAGCUAGCGUGGAUCGGUGACGGUGUUUGGGUGUCGAUCCGGCUAGAUUCCACCCUGCGACUCUACCAUGCGCACACACACCAGCAUCUCCAGGAUGUGGACAUUGAGCCCUACGUCAGCAAGAUGCUGGGCACUGGCAAGCUGGGCUUCUCUUUUGUGCGAAUUACAGCACUUCUGAUUGGUGGAAACCGUCUCUGGGUAGGAACUGGAAACGGCGUGAUCAUCUCCAUCCCUCUGACAGAGACCAAUAAGGUGUCUCCUACAUCGUCCGGUGGAGUGAUCCAUGUGUACGGUGACGACUGCUCUGAGAAGAGCACCGGCAGCUUCAUCCCCUACUGCUCCAUGGCACAGGCCCAGCUCUGUUUCCAUGGACACCGCGAUGCCGUCAAGUUCUUUGUCUCAGUACCCGGCAAUGUUCUGGCCACACUAAACGGCAGUGUGCUGGACAGUCCGUCGGAGGGUCAGGGGUCAACAGCGCCCCAAGAGACGGAGGCCCAGAGUGUUCACAACGUGUUGGUGCUGAGUGGAGGAGAGGGCUACAUCGACUUCCGUAUAGGAGAUGGAGAGGACGAUGAGACGGAGGAAGGAGACAGUGGUGGAACUUCGCAGAACAAACCCGCUUUGUGUAAAGCUGAGCGAAGCCACAUAAUCGUCUGGCAGGUGUCUUACAUACCUGAGUGACACCUGGAUCUGCUUUAACACCCACACCCACUCAUCUCCUUAAAGAAAUCUCUUCCCGCCCCCCCAAAAAACGCUUCCAGCCACCCAACCCUUGUAAUUACUCCUGGUCAUGUAAAAGUUCCCUCUUGGCUCUAAAACGACCCUCCAAGCCACGUAUGGUCCCUUGUAACUAUUAUACCCCCUCCUGCCCCGUCACCUGUAACUUAAAUGCCUUGUAAGUACCUCCUCUGAUCUAGUAACCUGCCUGCCAUCCUGUUUCUGUCCCACCCAGGGCAUUGUAACUAUCUUCAUGAGCCUUGUAACCCGGCCUCAUAACUACCUCCCUCCUCUGUAUCGAUCUUAUACUCACCCUGUAAGCACACUGUAUCUCUUCCUAUAUUUACCUCAACUGUCCUGCAUCUGCCCCAGAGUUACCCCUCUUCUUCCUCCACUUAGUUUGUCACCUGUGAAGCCUCCACCUCAUCUUAUUGCAAAAAGCCCAGAGCCCCAACAUGCAUCAAUUGUACCAAUAACAAAAAAAUAAAAAAUCAAGACCACGGGUACAGAAAUGUGAAUGAAAACACUGACUUGCAUUUCCAACAGAGAUCAGAUUUUUCUAACCGCUAAUCAGCAUCCAUGAUUGUUAAUGCCAUCGUAUAUUUGAAUGGAUUUAAGGGAUGAGGUGUUUUAAGGAGUGUGAGGUUGAAAACAAAUCCGAGGAGACGGCUUACAAAAGUCCUUAUUUGGCUUUAAGAUUGUGGUGUAUAGCGAACGAGUUUGGAUCCCAUUAAACAACGACAUUGAACAAAUGGAAAGUCAAAAUUGAAGUUUGGGCUUUUUUCACUGUAACCCUAAAAAUAUUUUGCAUCCAAUCUUGCCUAUUUAAAGAGGCUCGAUUAUUGAUUUUCUACCCUGUAAAAAACAGAAACCCUCAUGACGAUGUAAUGACUUUGUGUGCGGUAAAGACAGGAAAUAUCUGGUGCCUGGUGUGAAGCUACGAGUCACGUGAACAAUUUGUAAAACCAGUCGAAGGGUUUAUGCUCAAUGUGUCGAUGGUUCAGUCCGAGACUCAUUUCUCUCAUCCGACUGGCUGUUGAUCAGACGGUUCGUUGUAAAGCAGGUGAACAGUGAUGUGUUGUCAUUAUGUGUACAGGGAUAAUUGUAAAAGUCCAGACACACUGAAGCCCAUCCUCUUUGUUCAGUAUGGAUAUUCAUGCAUUGAUCUCUUUCUGUGUGGAUUAAAUAUUAAACAUA